AUGGAUUCUAGUUGGAUAGAUUUACCAAAAGGCCAUCCCGCUUAUUAUAAUGGUUGCAUGAAAUUCUUAGAGCUUGCUAAAGAGACUCUUGUUGAAGGAAAAACUCGAUGCCCAUGUAAUAAUUGCAAGUUAAACAAAUGGUUUAAGUUGGAAAAAGUAGGAGGCCAUAUUUUAUUGUACGGUUUUUAUAAGAACUACAAAAAUUGGAUUUUUCAUUGUAGUCAUCAAGUGGGUAACAACUUAGGGCUCCAUAGUGAUCAAGCAAAGGGAGUAGGUCGAGAUGAUAUUGAUGGGUUACUAAAUGCAGCUUUUGGGGUUGGUAGUCCACAAUCCACUAACGAACCCCCGUUAUUAAAUGAGUUAGAUUCUGAUGACGAAGAUAUAAAUGAGAUGCAUGAAGAGGUAAAUUUUCAAUUCGAGGUAGAUAAUGAAUAUGUAUCAAUUAACACCGACGCAGAAGAGACAAAGUACAAUAGACUCAAGGAAGCUUCUAAAGAGAGUCUAUAUGAGGGGUGUACUACUUUUUCAAAGCUAUCGUUUCUAUUGCACUUAUUUCACCUUAAGUGUAUGUUCCACUGGUCUACUGAGUCUUUUAAUAAAUUGCUUGAACUUCUAUUAGACGCAUUUCCUUAUAUUAUGGAGUUCCCAUCGUCCUAUUACGAAAGCAUGAAGAUAAUUAAAGAUUUGGGUUUAGGUUAUGAGAAAAUCCAUGCAUGUCCAAAUGAUUGCAUGUUAUAUUGGGGGGAUUUUGCAGACAAAAGUGAGUGUCAUAUUUGCCACACACCAAGAUGGCAAAAUGUGAAAGGCAAGCAAGGUGAUACAAGUGAGAAAGGUAAAGAAACAUGUAUGAAGGGGGUGCCAGCUAAAGUAAUGCGGUAUUUUCCUCUCAUCCCUAGACUAAAGAGGCUUUACAUGUCAUCUAAUACUGCAAGAGACAUGAGAUGGCAUUUUGACCGCAAGGACGAUAAAAUUAUCACCCACCCGGCAGAUGGAGAGGCUUGGAAAAAAUUUGAUGAUAGAUAUGAGGAAUUUGCUAAAGAUCCUCGUAGUGUUAGAUUGGGUCUAGCAAGUGAUGGUUUUAAUCCAUAUCGUCUUAUGAACACUAAUUACAGUACAUGGCCAGUGAUUCUGAUUCCUUAUAAUUUGCCUCCUUGGCUUUGUAUGAAGUCAUCAUCAUUUAUUUUGUCCUUGAUUAUUCCUGGAAAAUAUGGUCCCGGUAUCGAUAUUGAUGUUUAUUUGCAACCACUAAUGCAUGAGUUAAAAUUGUUGUGGGAAGGUGUAGAUGCCUUUGAUGUUUAUAGUGGAAAAAACUUUAAACUACGAGCAUCCUUACAUUCCACUAUAAAUGACUUUCCUGCAUAUGCUAUGUUGUCGGGUUGGAGUACAAAAGGUUAUAAAGCUUGCCCUACUUGUGCCAAUUCUACUUGUUCAUAUUAUUUUGGUGGUAAAAUUGUCUACCCCGGUUCUCGAAAAUGGUUACCGAUUGAUCAUCCUUACCGUUCUCAAGCUAAUUUAUUUGAUGGGAAAGAGGAAUAUGGCCUUGCUCCGGUUCAUGCUAGUGGGACAGAAAUUUUGAAGCAGCAAGAAGAAGUUAAUUAUGUUUAUGGGAAAUCAAAAACGGUUCCUAAAAAAAGAGGGAGAGAAGAAGUUGAGGAUGAUGAAAUUGAUAAUGAUAAUGAUAAGGUUCUUUGGAAAAAGAAAAGUAUAUUAUUUGACUUGGAAUACUGGGAACAUAAUCUUCUUAGACACAAUUUAGAUGUUAUGCACAUUGAGAAGAAUGUGUGUGAUAAUCUCUUAGGAACUCUUUUAGAAACCGACAAGAGUAGAGAUGAUAAGAAAGCUAGGGAGGCUCUGAAACAAAUAAAUAUAAAAUCUCAUCUUUGGCUUCAAACGCAUCCUAAUCGUGUUAAAGAGUAUAUGCCUCCAGCUUCAUACAACAUGGAUAAAGAAGAAAAAGAACGUUUUUUAAGAGUCUUGAAAAAGCUCUGA